CCCAGUCACUCGCAACCGUAGGUACCCGUAUUUUCGUCCUCUUCUUUCCUUCUCAGACCACAACAACACUCCGUGCGGCAAGAAACAAGUGCCACUCUCCAAAACAACAACAUCAACAUAGCCACCUCAGUUUAGUGAUGUGAUCAACACUAAAUUCAAACUAUAUUUGUGUGUGAUAACUGUUGUGAUGAAGUUCGAAGGGUUUGUGUUCACAGUGCUUUUGUGCUAUAGUUUUACGUUGGCUGAUGAGUGCCAAACUAAUGGAAAAUGUACCGAGAAACAGGAGAAUGGCACGCUUAAAAAACUUCAAAAACAUGAGGAAACGAUAACGGAAAUCUCAAAACCAAAAACACCUCCAAAAUCCAUGAGCAUGCUAGCUGAAGAUAUGGAUCAAAUAUUCCAACCGACUCCAGUUCCAAAAACCACCACCAACAACUCUACAAGUAGUGCCAACUUAACGACAAGUGAAGAACCCAAAGGAAGAGCGCUAAACUUUACCAUGGAGGAACAAUCGGGAGGAAAUGUUUUGUCCCAAAAUGUUAGUCAUGACGAAUUUGGCGACCUUAGUGAUGUUUCGAUAAGCAAUGAAGAUGAUGAGGAAAUAAAGCCGAAAGUUGAGAAGAAAAUGUUGGUUGAAAAAGAGAAAUUAAGCAAUAAAACAAUGGGAAAAACUUGUGAAAAGGGUGGUUUGACCUACGAACAUGGCGAAACAUUGGAAAAUGAUUGCGAUUCCGUAUGUAAAUGCCAAAAUGGCAAAAUGAACUGUACCGACAGGUGUACAAGCCCUUUUAUAAAAAAAGACAAAAAAAUUGAUGAUUCCACUUGCUCUGCCAAAGAAGCUGACGACCCUUGUUGUGCCACACUAGUUUGUACAACAACUGAAUCAGCUGUAGAGCCUUUUGAAACAUGUUCCUUUAAUAAUAAGACUUACCAGAUUGGUGAUACCAUAAAAAAAGACUGCUCUGAACUAUGCACAUGCGAACCGGUUGGGAAGCUUAACUGCAACCCAAGAUGUGCCCCAGCAAACAAAACAUUCGAUAGAUGCGUUGAAGUCCCCGAUCCAAGUGAUACUUGUUGUAAAAAAGUCCUUUGUGAUGUUACUCUGGACGAUCACGAGCCAGAAAAAGAAGAGGAGAGAAGCAAAAUUAAGGUACUAAGCGCUAAAUUUAUAAACACAACUACAAUUUUGCUUAAAUUCGACCCCAAAAUUGAGGAAAAAGAUCUUCCCAUCAUUGAUAUAAGCGACGAUAAAAACGAUUGGAAGAGUUAUCAAAUGCUACAAGGAGGAUAUUUAUUUGUAAAAACCAAUGCCAAGUACUUACGUCUAGAUAAUUCAGAAGACAUUAUAGAAGUUGAAGAUAGAGAUCUAGGUCCUAAAGAUACAGACACAAUCAUUAAAGAAACAACAAAAAAACCUUUGGAGGUAUUGAAAGAUGAUCUCCACUGUGAAUACAAAGGCAAAAAAUACGAAAUAGGAGAAGAAUACAAUGAUGACUGUAAAUCUUUAUGUGCUUGCCAAAAAGACGGAAUGAUGCAAUGCCUCAAGUUAGAAUGCCCGACAUAUUUCGGCACCGACAUUCUCGACCCUCAGUGCGUCGUAUGGGAAACAGUUCCGCCAAACUUUAAACCUAAAUCCCCCAAUUGUUGCCCCUCGGAAGUACGUUGCAAAAACAAUGGUUCAUGCCUGUACGAUGGGCAAAACUUCAAGAACUGGGAACAAUUACCCAUAAAUAUAACAGGGUGUGAGAAACGGUGUUAUUGUGAGAUGGAACUUCCCCACAACUCUACCAAGGCUAAUGACAAUGAUUUUUCGGAAGAAUCAUACUUUGGCACGCCUGAAAAAAAACCCUCAAAAAUAUUGGGGCCGCUACUUGUUUACUCGAACGAUAACAAACAACAUAAGGUCCUACCAAAAGAAGAAAACCCAUUCUAUAACAACCACUUUAAAUCAGAACAGGAUAAUGUUUUUGUUACCCCACCUACAUUACCUGAGAAAAACCAUGUACCAUUUAAAAUCCAGAAGAACCCAAGCAAAAAUCAGUUACAAGUUAAUGAAAAGAGUACACCGGAAGAAAUAUUACAGUUCAUACAUCAACAUCCGGAAAUAACUAACUAUCCAUCCGGUUCUGUACUGGAAAUACACAACAUACCUUUUGGUAAUCCACAAGACCAAAAACCGUCACAUUACCAAGAUCCUAGAUUACAAUACCAUAAUAGACCACAAUAUCAAGACCAACAAUAUCAAAAACAAUCCCAUAAUAUUCCCAUAUUGGGAAACCAAAACAACCUCUUGUCCGCUAAUUCGCAAGAUUUACCUCAGGGGGUCACCCUAGAGCAAAUCCUUCAAGAAAUUCACAAAAACGUGAACCCAAUUCAACAAAAACCCUUUCUUAUUGCACAACAAACUGGACUUUCCUUACCACCAUCACCACCAAGACAAAACAAGACAGGACAAGUUAAUGGUUUUCCAAGUUACCCCAACAUUCCUGGUUUUCCUGGCCAUCAAGAUGAUGUGACUGUGACAACUUUGGAAGCAAUAGAUGCUCAUACAGUCAGGUUGGCGUUCAUGGUGCCUCCAGUGAUUGUGGGAUUGCAUGGGAGGGUGGAAGUUAGAUAUACUCACAAAAACGAUGAAGACCUAAACUUGUGGGAAUUGCAAGUGUUCGCUCCUCCCAACGAUCUUAUAGCAACGCCACAAUUAGAAUUUGAUUUGCUAGGCCUUAAACCCAAUACUGAGUACAAAAUAAAAAUCACUAUUACUCUCAGGGACCUCCACAAUACUCCAUCUAGUCGAAUCUACAAAAUACGCACUCAAAAAGAUGUUCAAACCACGACCUUACCCCCAAUGAUCCCCAUAGAGCCCGAUCUGGCUAUCACAGAUAUAAACGCUACUUGGGUGACUGUGGUAUGGAGAAAGUUUACUGAGUACGAGUUGCAAUUUAUUGAUGGGGUGCAGCUAAGUCUGAAACCAAACACAAAGUACGAGAUCGGUAUUUUCUUCAUACCUUUCCCAGGACAGCUCACGGAACUUCACGCGGAAAAUAUGCUGCACUUCACUACAGCCAAUGAAAUCGAUACAUACGGCUUUAACGUCACUCUGGAAAUAUCACAACUUAAAUCACAAAGUGUUGAAAUAACUUGGAAUGGUGUACCCUACCCAGAAGACAAAUACGUCAAUAUAUACAGGGCGAUUUAUCAGAGUGAUUCAGAUGAAGAGGAAAAUUUACUGUUUGGUGAAUAUUAUUUGGAAGAGGUAGAGAAAGAAAGAAUCCAAGAAGAUAAAAAUACUGAGGCCACUGAAGAUUCCAUGGCAAAAUUACUAGAAAAAUUGAUGAACCAGCAGCAAAAUUAUGAAUGUCAAAAUUUACAAAAAGUUUCAGAAAGAUUUAUACUAGAAAAGUUUUCAACAAAAAGUUCAAAUGCACAGCAAUGGAUACAACAAUUUCAGAGUUGGAGCCAGAUAAGAUAUGCACUGGCAUUUAGAUAUGAAGCAGGAUCACCUUUGGAAUAUGCUGUGAAAAAAGAAAGACUUUUGCUAGAGGAAAGAAAAACUAUUGACACUGGUACACUCAUAGAUCUCAUUGCUGCAGGUUUGCCAAACUUUAUCGCAGAUAAAAUUGACAGAGAUUCACUUCAAGAAACUGAAGAUCUGUUCAAUGAAAUAGGAAAAUUGGAGCAUUUAACUGAGAGAAAAAGGAUUGACAAGCUAUCUAGGGGCGAGCAACUAGAAAAUAAAGGCGACUACUAUGGGCCACUGGUGAUAGUAGCCAUACUAGCAGCUAUAGCGAUUUUGAGCACACUAAUUCUGCUGUUAAUACUGGUGAGGCGUCACAAUCAAAAUAAAGCUGCCAUAACAACGCCGUCGACGCGGAUAAGUCAAUCUGCUUAUGAUAAUCCUACGUAUAAAGUGGAGAUCCAACAAGAAACCAUGGGUUUAUGAGUACCUAGAUAGGACCUUAACUGCUGUAAAUAUAAUUAAUUAGUUUGUAAGUUAAGUUUCCUGUAUUUAAUUUUAAAUGACAGUAUUUUGUGUGUAAUAUAGUUAAUAAUAAAAGAUAUAUUUAUUACAUAACAAACUUUAUUUAUUUUUACACCUAAUCUAACUUAAACUCUUCUAUAAGUUGCAGUAUUCUAUUGUUUUCUUCUUCGAUAUCUCUUCGUUUUCUUAUAAAUAAUGUAGCUACUGUUGUCGUAGUUGUAGAUGUAGAAUAGUAUUCCUUCUUGUAUUUUAAAGCAUAGAUAAGUUUCUAGAAAAAUAUAAUUUUUAAAGAUUAUAAGACUAUAUUAUAUUAUAUUAUAAAAAGACUCUUUGAAUAUUACCAAAACCAGUUUAAUAAGGAAAACUGCAAAAGUUAAAAAUCCAAUAGUCAUUAAUGCACCCUCAUUAGAAGGAAACUCCAUGUGAUGUUCAUCUUUGUAACCCCUGGCUUCUCUAUUUACUUCUUGUGGCAUCCAUAGCUUUGAUAUUUUAUCAUUUAAAUUCAUUAGUAUAGUAUCCUUUAAAUUUUUCAAUAUCGAGAUCUUGUUAAUCACAGAUUUUCCCUCAUUCUUUAAUAAAUUUUUCUGUAUGGACUUUACCAAAGGCAAAAACUUAUCAAAAUCCAUAUUAUCAACUUUCUCUCUCGCUACUUUGAUUCUCUCCACACUUCCAGUAUUGAUCCUUUCCACAUUCCCUGUAUUAUUUCUUUUAAUUUUAGCCACAGAUCUUUUUGGUAUAACAUUAGGCUUAAAUAUUGUUGACUCGACAACAAAGUCAUUUUUCAUAAUUUUUGAAGAAGUUGCGGUUAAGAUAUGCGUGGAGUAAGCUGUACGCAUUAAAGUUUCAUAGUCUGAUGUCGUUGUAAAUACUACUGGUCUCUGAAUCGUCGAAGUACUGUCCAAAAUAGGAAAAUCUGUAUUUGAUUCUUUAGUUUGCGUUAUUUCCACCCAUUCACUAUAAGUUUUAUUUAAUACUAUUAGUGCAAUGAAAAAUAUACUAAAAAUAAAAUGCAUUUUGAUUGUUUUCGUUUAUUGUUAGAACAGAUACUGAGAUGUCUUCGUUAGACGACAUUGUCCUGUUAGACGUCUCAGAGCAGAACAUUUCUUGACGGAACUAAAUGAUUUUUUAACGUUAUGGGA